CUCAUACUUAAUAGAUAUGAAGUGAAAAAAGCUUGCAACCUUGUAUGAUAUCCAGCGUACCACAUUAGGAUGCUAACUUAAUUUCUGCUAAAAUGGAUGCACUUCACCUAAUAUUAUCCUCCCACACUCUCCAUAAAGCCUCUCAAUCUCUCCUCCUCUUUCCCAUCUCCUACUCGAUCAAUACCACUAUUCAAGGCAACUCCUCCAAUUAGUUAACCUCCAUAUAUCUAUUAAUUUCUUAGCAACCUUCAAGCUAGGCCACACCAAGAACCGAGAAAAUGAUGAACCGAAUUGUCUUCUCUCUCUUACUUACACUACAAUUCCACUUCCAUUUCAGCACAACCCUAGCUCAGUCCCCGGCAGCAUCCCCGGCAGUGCUCCCAGUACCGACCGCACCAUCCCCGGUGGUAGCAGCGCCCCCAGUACCGACUGCAGUGUCCCCGGUGGUAGCACCGUCCCCAGCACCUGCAGGUCCCCCCAACAUCACCAAAAUCCUCGAAAAGGGUGGCCACUUUUCGCUCUUUAUCCGGUUACUGAAAAGUACCCACGUGGAUGCCCAGAUCAAUUCCCAGCUCAAUAACUCAAACAAUGGCCUAACUGUAUUUGCACCGUCCGACAAUGCGUUUUCCAACCUCAAGCCGGGCACUAUCAACUCUCUCGAUGAUCUAAAGCAGUCGGAGCUCGUGCAGUUUCAUUUCGUACCUACCUAUAUCUCCGCAUCGCAGUUCCAAACUGUGAGCAAUCCAUUGAGGACACAAGCCGGAGAAAACCGUCCCGGUCAGUUCCCACUUAACGUCACAAUCGCCGGCAACCAAUUGAACGUGUCGACUGGUGUUAUGAAUACUAAUGUAUCAACCCCAUUCUAUUCUGACAACCAGAUUGCUGCGUAUGAGGUGGACAAUGUGCUUCUUCCUUGGAAAAUUUUUGGUACUCCGGUACCCACAGCGGCACCGGAACCGGCACCAGUACCGUUGCCUCCGCCGGCAAAGGAGAAGCAGGAACCGGCCACGGUUAGUACUCCAAUUACACAAAACGGUGCAGUUAGUCUCAGCAUGCAUGGAACGGUGGUGACUAUGGGACUUGCUGUGGUUGCAUCAUUUCUUUUGUGAACAUGGACGGUGAUGAUUGUGCCAGCUGGACAUACGUAACUGGGUCUGGUGUCAAUUUGUUUGGUGGGCAAUAUAAUUUUCUGAGUCUGAUUUAACGGUUGUGAUCGGCGCUGUGAGUGCCUCCAAAUAAUUGUCAUAUGUCCAAGUCUUAAUUGUAUGAUGUCAAGAUUGAACUUUGAGGUUCAAUUUUGUUUUUGUUUGUUUAUUUGUGUGUGCGCGUGUGUUAACAUCUGUUUUUGCUGGUUAAUUGUAUUUCUUUUGUUCUUUUCCAACUCUCAUGUAAUUUGCAUCUCUUUUGAUAUUUUCCAACUUCAAUGUAAUUUGAGAUUGUGCAUUAUUUUGCCAAGAAUGCUUUCAAUCCGAAACUUAGAAUAGAUGAU